ACAUUGCACAUGCAAGCGAGUGAUUGGUCAUAAUUGGAUUUUCUUUUCUAAACAAAUCGCGCAAUCCACGGCGUACAGCACAUCGCAAGUCAAAUUGUGAAUGGCAACUCAGUCCGAAAAAAAGCGGUUCCCACUUCCCAGACUCCGUAAUCCAAGAAAAGCCAAGAGGUCUUCGGUUCGGGCUCUUGCGUGGUUGUGUGAUGUGUGCCGUGCCGAUUUAUGUCCGAGGGCGUUAUUUAAUAUCGUCACUCCGUGCUGUACUCCGAUAGGUACUCUACUUCGUGGCUGGAUGGGUAUGUAUUCACAUUAUCUGAAUCGUAUGUUCUAGCUUCAGCUGUUGUUCAGAGUAUAUAUAAGAGGGUAUAUCACUGUCUGCCUGAAGU